AUGCCAAACUUCGAGCUCAGAGUCGAGGACUUGUCUCACCCUGGGACGCGUAUCUUCUUCGCCAAUGUGAAUCCCGAGGAGGCUCUCAGGGAGGCCGUGGUAUCGGUUUGCAGCUGGUUGUUUACCCUUCAAGAUGUCCCCCUGAACGUACAAAAUGUCCGCCUCGUCCUCAGGAACAUGCCAGGCGUCGCCUACACCACCGGUUCCUACACACACAAGGAAAUUCACUUCGCCCUCAGCCACAUCGAGAAUAGCGCCACCCGCGCACGAGAUGAGAUCCGGGGUGUGCUGACACACGAGAUGGUGCACUGCUUCCAGUACAAUGCUAAGGGGACGUGUCCCGGCGGCCUGAUCGAGGGGAUCGCGGAUUGGGUUCGUCUUAAUGCAGGACUUGGCCCGCCACACUGGAAAGAAGGACGUGGGAGAAAGUGGGAUGCGGGCUAUGAGUCAACCGCGUACUUUCUGAGCUGGAUCGAGGCUCAGAGCGGGCGGGGCACCAUUCGUAAUCUCAAUCUGGGACUCGAGGAUCGGCAGUACAGCGACGCCGUCUUCCAGGACCUGACGGGUAGUAGCAUACAAGAUCUCUGGCGGCUGUACAGACUCGAUCUGGAGACACGAGGGGUCGUGUGA